GAGGCUGGCCCGCCUCCCACAGCCCUCUGUGCUCUUAAGUCCUCCUGUCUGAACAGGGGCCAGACUCUUGUUUCGCCCCAGCCUGCUGUGUCUGUCCUCUCCAAAGCCAUGUGGCUGUACCUGGCAGCCCUGGUGGGCCUGUGCUACCUUCUGCGCUGGUACCGUGAGAGACAGGUGGUGAGCCACCUCCCAGACAAGUUCGUCUUCAUCACGGGCUGUGACUCGGGCUUCGGGAACCUGCUGGCCAGACAGCUGGACAUGCGAGGCUUGAAGGUGCUGGCUGCAUGUCUGACGGAGAAGGGGGCCAAGGAGCUCAGGGCCCAGACAUCAGACAGGCUGCAGACAGUGACUCUGGAUGUCACCAAGACCGAGAGCAUCACUGCUGCCGCCCAGUGGGUGAAGGAGCGUGUGGGGGACAGAGGACUCUGGGGCCUGGUGAACAACGCCGGCAUCGCCCAGGCAUCGACACCCAAUGAGUGGCUGACCAAGCAGGACUUUGUGGACAUACUCAAUGUGAACCUGUUGGGGGUGAUCGAGGUGACUCUGAGCCUGCUGCCCUUAGUGAGGAAGGCCAGGGGCCGCGUGGUCAAUGUCUCCAGCGUCAUGGGCCGGGUGUCGCUUUUUGGUGGGGGCUACUGCAUCUCCAAGUAUGGCGUAGAGGCCUUCUCGGACUCCCUCAGGAGGGAGCUUUCCUAUUUUGGGGUGAAGGUGGCUAUAAUUGAGCCUGGUUUCUUCAAGACUACUGUGAUCAAUAGUGAAAUAUUCGUACAGAACCUUAAGGAGCUGUGGGACCGCCGGGCCAGCUCAGAGGUCAAGCAGAUCUAUGACGAGAAGUUUGUGGCAUCCUACAUGAAAACAAUUAAAUUAAAGGAACAAAAGUGCUCACAGGAUCUGUCCUUGGUGACGAACUGCAUGGAGCAUGCACUGACCGCCUGCCACCCCCGCACCCGAUACUCAGCAGGCUGGGAUGCAAAGCUUUUCUACCUCCCCAUGAGCUACCUGCCCACCUUCCUGGUGGAUGCCAUAGUCUACUGGAAUUCCCCAAGGCCAGCCAAGGUCCUGUGAAGCCAAGACUGGAGAGCAUGGAUUCUCCUGAGAUACUACUCAACACUCUGGAGAUAUUAGGAGGAAAGAGCCAAGGAACUCUGCUGAGGAACAAAACCCAACAGCACUCUUUGGUGCUCUGUUGACUUGGGCGGCCAGUCAUGGCCCUGUUCCUCCUGGCCUACCUCUCACCCCAAGGAAUGCACGCAGUUGGGAGGGUGUGAGUAGAAGGAGGCUCAGCCCACACCUGCUCUGCCUCCUGCCCAUCUCCUCAGGGUGUGCCUUGGCCUGGCCAGUCCACACCCUCUGUCUGAAUGGAAAUGGACUGGAGGAGGUGAGGGCACCCUCCUCUGAAGGUACCUCUGCCCAUGGGAUGAAGUGGGAAGGGAGACCACCGGUGUGACCCCUCAGGCCCCAGGCACCAGCUCAGCAGGCAUUGGCUGGGAGGUAGUGUCUUCAGUAGGGAUCCUGGCAGAGGACACAUAAACCCUUUGUGAUUUCACUUUAAACCAUGCUUUUUUUUUUUUUUUUUUUU